GAGUCCAGUGUUAAAGUGGAGGUUGAAGGAGGAGGGUGUCAGUGUUAUGUCUCUGUAACACCUCACUUGGAUGCCACCCACAUCAAUCCACUAACAUCCAGGUACCUGCUUACUGCUUGGUGAAUAGUGACAGCAGGUGUAAGGAAACACACCCCUCAUUUCCUCCUGGCUGGGGAUCAAACCACAGACACUCAUUGUGUGAGGCCCAAUGUACUGUUGGGGCUCGACAGUGAAUGGGGAGCUGGGGGUAGGAGCCCCAGAAGUGGAGCAGCUCACCCUACCUAGCUUCAUGGAUUUCUCAAAAUCAUGGAAUGUCAAGCAAGUUGCAUCAGGGCUAAUGCAUUCCCUGAUCUUGACUGAAGAAGGUCUUGUAUAUUCCUGUGGUAACAAUGAAGUUGGUCAGCUGGGACAAGACAAGAUUACUAGAAAACCAGAACAAAUUGAUGAUCUACAAAACUACAGCAUAGUACAGGUUGCAGCUGGUGAUCAACACUCGAUAGCACUUACUUCUUGGGGACUGAUUUAUGCAUGGGGAGCAAAUGAAUUUGGACAAUUGGGUAUUAAUUCAACAGAAUGGCAUACUCCCACACCAAAGUUAGUGAAGAGCUUAGCCCGCAAGCAUUCUCUACAAAUUGCAUGUGGCUCCAAUCAUACCCUUGCUCUGACUUCAGAUGGAGACCUCUAUUCUUGGGGCCAGAAUAAUAUGGGCCAGCUUGGCCUGGGUCAUAAAGAGGGACCUCAAAAAGAGCCAGCUCUUGUUAAAUCUCUUGUUGGAAGUCCCUUAGUUCUUAUCACUGCUGGAGGACAUCACUCUGCUGCUCUCACUCAUGGUGGCUUCUUGCUUACAUGGGGCUCAAACAAGUAUGGCCAAUUAGGUUAUACUCCUAAGAAAGAUCCAAAUUUAAGUGAAACACCUGCACUGGUUCCCAAUUUGGAGUCUUAUUCUGAGCCAUUGCUCUAUGUUGCACUUGGGGAAGGCCACACUGCAGUUCUUGAUUCUCAUGGUAAGCUUUGGACAUUUGGAUAUGGCCGGUAUGGUCAACUUGGUCAUGGUACAAAUGAUGAUGGGAGUGUUCCUCGCACUGUGCUUGAUCUCUGUGGCUCAAAAGUUAGUCAAGUUGCAUGUGGAAGAUGUCAUACAAUCGUGUACAUUCCAUCUCAGGAGAGGGUUGCUGGCCCACCUGCAACCUUAAUUGAUGCAGAAUUCAUUGGCUGCAAGCUUGCAUUAGCAGAGAUGUUCGACUCUGUGGAGCAGGCGAGCUGCUCUGUUACCUGCUAUCCGAAUGGUCAGCUGUAUGCAUUUGGCCAAGGCAUGUCAGGACAGUUGGGAAUAAAGACUCCACACAACCGUAAUUUACCUCAGGUGGUGGUUGGGCCAUGGCUUUCACCGAGUGGGGCCAGUCUUUUGGAUAACACUGAUGAUAGUCCAAAAGUUUACAUUAAGAAGAUAUUUGCUGGUGGUGAUGCAAGCAUGGCUGCAGUAAUGAAAGAAUCAGGAGUUGCUGAUGAUUACUGCCAGAGACACCCACUGCAGCUGCCUUUAAUAAUAGAAGAGGAAAAAAUAAACGAGAUGAUGGGAAUUGGUGAAGAAGAUAUGAUUCCUGAUGAUUUAUUUACGUAUAUAGAAACUGCAUUUGGAUCCUUGGCAUCCUGGAACUCUUCAUUUAUAAUGAAGGAUUCUGAGAAGCAUAGUCAUGGGUUGGAUUACAGAUUGGCAGAAGACUACGUGGGAAAACUUGGCCGGAUUCCUCGAGCUUCCAUACAGGAAGUAAUACAAAACAGUGUGCAGAAUAUAGUGAAGGAUCUGCCUCAUCACCCAAUAAGCAGAGAGAGUCUCCGUUGUUUCAUUCUUCUUCCUCUCUUUAAGGACUUCGUAGAUUCACGAUAUAUAGCAAAGUUGCAGUUGCCAUAUGCAGAGGCUCUUCUAGGCUUGCAAAAAGAAAUGGCUGCUAUCUUUAAGAUGUGGCUGAAAGUUUUGCCAAGAGACUUUGCAAUCCGACUCAUCACUAUCUACAAGGUUGUUAUUGUUCAGAUAUUAAACAAUGCUAAACAAUCUUCUGAGAUUGACAGACGUGCACUAGUGUCAUCCUUGAAGAUGUUAUCUUUCCUUCAUGCUGAAAACUUUAAGGAUGGUGCUAAAGCAGCCAGAAUAAAUUAUGAAGAAUUCUACAUUCCUGAAAUUGGUGAAAAAAUUGAUAUUAGAUCAGAUUAUUUUAAUUGGAUUAGCAGCAAAAUCAGACCUAUAAGACCAGAUAGUCCUGUUUCCUUUUGUGAGUAUCCUUUCCUGUUUGAUGCUCAAGCUAAGACUCUUCUGCUUCGUGCAGAUGCUACAAGACAGAUGCAAGGGGCCAUUCAGGAAGCAGUGAUCAAUAGUAACCCAAUGUUGUGGUUGUUUAAUCCUGCCCAAGUACAGUUCCUAAAUAUUAACAUUCACCGUAACAACAUCGUUGAAGACACAGUCAACCAGUUGUUUCACCAUAAAGUCACUGAUUACAAAAGACCUCUUAAGGUACAUUUUAUUGGCGAAGAAGCUGAAGAUGCUGGAGGUGUUCGCAAAGAGUUUUUUCUUCUCCUUUUACGUGAAUUACUGAACCCAGACUAUGGUAUGUUCACAGAGUACCCAGAUACACGUACCAUUUGGUUCAAGGAAAGCUCUCUAGAAACUGCUGCUACCUAUUCCCUUAUUGGGAUUGUGUGUGGCCUUGCCAUAUACAACUUCACCAUCAUCAAUCUUCCAUUUCCUUUGGCUCUCUACAAAAAGUUACUUGGUCAAUCAGUUGGCCUUGAUGAUCUUGUAGACUUGGAUCCUCAUCUUACAAGGACUCUUCAUGAACUGUUGGAGUAUGAAGAAAAUGAUGUUGAGGAAGUUUAUUGUAUGAAUUUCACAGUUACUCAAGACUUUUUCGGUGAAACUAAAAGUAUUCCUCUCAAACCUGAUGGGGAAAAUAUUCCAGUUACCUUACAGAACAAGCAGGAGUAUGUUGAUCUUCUUGUUGAUUACAAGUUAAACAAGAGCAUAGAAAGCCAGUACAAAGCAUUUCAUGAUGGGUUCUACCGCGUCUGUGGAUGUGUAGUACUGAAGCUUUUCCAGCCAAUGGAACUAAUGGCGCUUGUGAUUGGUAAUGAGAACUACAAUUGGUUUGAACUAGAGAGAAAUACAGAGUACAAGGGAGAAUACUAUGCAGACCAUGAAGUUAUUAAAAUGUUCUGGGAAGUGUUCCAUGACUUGUUAUUAGAUCAGAAAAAACAGUUUCUCAUUUUCCUAACUGGCACUGAUCGUGUACCAAUUUUAGGCAUGAAGGCUUUGAAGAUGAUUAUACAGUCUACUGCAGAUGAUUCCUUCCUUCCAGUUGCCCAUACAUGUAUUGGUCAGCUUGAUCUGCCUAAAUACAGUACAAAGGAAAAGCUAAGAUACAAGCUGUUGCAAGCAAUCCAACAGAGUGAAGGCUUUGGUCUUGUAUAGCUCCAGACCCUUAUUUUCAUGUGUGUAUUAAAUUGAAAACUGUAUUUGGACUGGUGAAAAUAACAAUAUCCUGCUUCAACCUAGUAAAAUAUUUGAAAUAUACUCAUAACUUUUCUUUUAUAAAUAUAAAUGGGUAAUUAGACAACAAGUUGUAUGCAUUCAUAAAUUAAAUGAAUUUUUCUGCUUAGUAUGAAUUCAACUAAAGAUUGAUGUAAAUAUUUUGGAAUAAUUACAUUUAAUACAAUUUAAUCCACAACAUAUUAAUUACAUUUAAAAGGUGCUGUUGGAGCUUGAGCAAAGUAACAUUUCUUGAGGAAUUUAGGGAAAUGAGUUAGCCAGACUUAUUCUCCAAACUUCAUUCAGCACAAGAGUUUAUCUAGAUUGAGCUCUUAGUAUAAUAUUGUUUCUUGCUCUUAAUAUACUUGCUACACCAUGUCAUCCUGGCUCUGGUCUUUGUGUGUUGAUGACUUGGCUAUAGCUUAUGCUUAUAUUAAUGCUCAGCUGGUGGCUGCCUCAUUACAGGAGGCUACUGACAGUGUUUCUUGUUGGGCCUUAACCCAGUAGCAAGAUGACAUUUCCUUCUGUAUUGCCUGUUGUCACUAGUGGAUCCUCUAUUCAGACUUGCAAGACCACAUAAUUCCUAGUCCUAGUCUUCACUUGACAUACAUAUGUGGGAAUGUAAUAUGUUCAUGUAUAAAGUGGAUCAUAGAGGAAAGUUAAUUCUUCUAUGGAUUUUGUCUUGUCUUUGGAAACCAAACAUACCCAGCUGCUUCCUCCAUUCCACUUGUAGUGUCUUAAGCUUAACUAUGGGGACCAAGCAUACCCUUCGGCCUCUCUAGCUUCCCUUUUGGGCUUAGUGGUUACUUUAUGGUAUUCUAUCUCCAUGCUGGAUGCAAUCCAUCAUCAUGGUGGUUUGUGUAUGAGUAUGGGUGUGUGUGUGUGUCGGGGGGGGGGGGGUUGUAUGUGGGGGAGGGUGCUUUCCUGUCAAGUGUUUGCUGCAUCUAAUGGUUCUUUAUUACAUGAUUACCUUAAUACCCAAUUCCUUCAUACUUCAUGAUCUCCAUGAUCCUACAAUAUAUUUAUUUCUCCUGAAUGUUAACAAAUCUGAUGAUUUAUGUUGGUGUCCUUUCCUGUUGUGGCUCUCGAAUUCCUGCAUUCAGUAUUUUGUAUACACAUUACUUUUCUGUGCCUCACUCUGACCGUUAACAUGUCAUACUAUCUGGGAAAUACAUAAGAAAAGUCUGUUUCCACAGAUGAUUUCUCCUCGACAGCGCUAGGCUGUCUAAAAGGGUUCACAGCAAUUUGUAGCAAAUUCAUCUGAGCCUAAUGCAAAAGGUACAAGCAUAUCGACAAAAUACUUUGGUUCUUUAAACUUAAUAGCUUCAGAUGUUAAUAAGCAGAGUUUAAACUCAAUUCUUGCUUUGAUAGGGAGCCAUUUCAGCUUCCUAUCACAAACAGUUGCAAAAAUCAAUUGGAGAUGGAAAAUAAAAAACAUGGAUGAGGAUCAAAGUGCUCUGUUAAUGAAGAUACUUUCUGACUGCAUAGGAUUUAAGAAUAUGGAAAUUCCCAGAUUGUUAAAUCUGGUUGAUAUGCCAAGUAAAUGAUGAUAAAGAAUCCUAGUAAAUACAGAGAUCCUUCACUGAUUCUACAAGCUGCAGGCUGACAGUACCACAAUCAAAGAAACCAAAAUCGCCAAUCUGUAUUUCACUGAGAUUACCUCUGAUUAUCAAGGUCUCUCACCCUCGUUUAGUUUUAUGUUUUUAUUUGUCCAAGUCCAAAUAUCAAGCAAAAGAGUUAGUUUUAGUUUAAUAUGUUUAUUAUGCACCCCAUACCCAUCCUGUGGGCGGUAGUCAAAAGAUUACAGAGGUACAUAAUUGGUCCAGGGACUGGACUCCAAAGUUUUGAUAGCUGAGCAAGUUACAAAGGUAAUGAACUAGAUCUGGUCAUAAUCAUGACCAAGUUACAAAGGUAAUGAGCUCUAGGUAGAGCUGGUCACACUCAUGAAUAAUUGCAAAGGUAAUGAAUCAUAAACACAUUAAUCAUGAGAAUUUACAAAGGUAAUGAGCUCCAGGUAGAGCUGGUCAAAAUCAUGACAAGUUUCAAAGGUUAUGAAUGAUAAACACGUUAUCACAUGAUUACAAUCAUAGACAAAUUACAGAGUAAUGAGCAGUUAACAAACAUAGCAGGGAAUUCAUCCAUUGCCCCAACAACAGAUGUUGCUAGGUGCCUGUCUCUCCUCGGUAGACAGCCAUUGCAAACAGCAGCAGGUUGCCCCGGGAUCUGCUGCUUGCACGAGCACCAUCGACCCUCCCCAAGAGGUCCAAGAAGCCAGUGACUCCGUUAGCAGCCCGAUGGAGAGCUCCCCUAGGGACAUGUCACCGUCCUGGUGGACGCCAAGUUGAUUGAAGAUCCCAGGCCCUCGUGUGCACGGAUGUUGAAGCUUGAGGAACUGAGUACACACUGCCUGUGGCACACCUGACAGCUGCCUCGCGGUCGAACUCCACGAUGCUGUCCCUGUAGUGGAAGUUCCUGUGAGCCCGGCACUCCCUGCAGUGCCAUCGCUGACAUCGUGGGUUAGGGGAGAAGUACCCUCUACAGAUGGGGUGGCGCUGGGAGUUGGGUGGGUGAGGCGGGGGAGACGGGCAGGGGCGAGGCGUUAUGAGAGGGUCACUGUUUACUACACACGCCCUCCCCCUCCCCCCAGCGGAGAGGGGGGGAGGCGCUGACUGGUCCUGACUCGACAACACCAAAUCCUCUGAAACUGCACAACACUUCAACUGUUUACGCUGAAACGAUGCACUGGGAUGUCCCGAUCGCUGCCCUGGUAUCUUCUCAAAGCAUUCACACUGAGUUCUGUUAAGUAGGGACCUGGUCAGCCUCUUUGACCAGGAGCUAUCCUUGAAAAUCCCGCAGCUAGCCCGCUACACAACCUGCCGUGUCGGCCAUGUUGAGCCCUGUCGCAAGCAAAAGAGAAGUAAAAGUUUUGCAUUUUCCGCAUUGAAAACCCAGAUGUAAACCUAUGUAUCGUUGGCUUAAAAACUUAACAUCUACCAAGGCAAGGUGAAGGAAAACAUUCUUCAGUAUUCACUGAAUUGCUAUCUUUCCAGGAGUGUGCUAGAAUCACAAUCAGAUAACCCUCUGACUUGAACAUCCCCACCCUUUAUAUAAAAUGCAGGCACUCCUUUAUGAGCUCCAUUUCUCAUAUCCAGCUAACUGGUUUUCUUAAAUCCUUUCAUAAAAGUUUCCUUGCUCAUACUCCAACAGCAGGUCCAUUAAAAACUGUUUAACUCUAUUUUAAUUAGUGCAGGUACAUGCAGCUAACUGCAACCACCAAUAGGUUAGUGCACACACUUUUUUAUUAUUUUUUUAUGAUCACUGACAUCACCACAUGUUAUCUGCAACUUUACCUUCUGUUUUUUUGAACUGGUUCUUUCUGCACCUCAGGUUCUAAGGUAAUGGCUGCUUUAUUAGCCUAGGCUUUAAGUUAGCAUUGUGAUCAUAAUUUAACAGCAUCUUUCAUUUAUUUUGUAAUCCUUUCCUCCUACUAUAUGCAAGAGGGAAGGAACAUUACUUCCAAGAUUUAGGUUAGUUUUUAUUCAACUAGUUCACCAAAUAAAACUUUGUUUCAUAGCAGUUAAUGCUUUAUGAAGUUACUUUUUCCAGCCUUGAUAUAUGGUGAAACAUUGCACAUAGAUAAUUGUAGUAGUAUGUAUGGUCUAUCUUAAUGAAGAAUAACUCAGUGUUACUUACAUUUUUAUGUGAUUUUUUAUUUGUAGGCCAGAUUUGCCUCCAAACCUGUAUCACAACAAAAUUAAGUAACCAAAUCUAAUGUCCAUAGUUUAGUUCCAUUGCUUUAGUACUUAAAUAUACUAUUAAAUACCUGUAACUUGUUACUGAGUACACUGUAAUAUAUUGAUCUUCAGCUUCAUGGUGGAGUGUAUAGCAAGUACAAAAAAAUAAUAAACAUGUAUAACAGUUUUUCUUUAAUACUGUACGUAUUAAAGAUUUUUCAUAAAAGGAGGGAGUAUUUGCUUAAUUUGCGUAAAUUCAGUUCUUCACAUAAUUUGUACUUUAAAGCCCUUUAAAUCUCAGCUGCAAUGCUUUCAGAAUUUAUUGAAUAUCUCUGUGCCUUCUGUCUUGGGCUAAAAACUAGAAUGUUCAAAAAAAAUUAGCUUCAUUGUGUGUAAAGAAGUUUAAGGAAAUGAUUACAUAACUUAAGCAGUGCAUCGCAUGGAUCUGCUGUCUGGGAAGCUGUUUUCUAUGUAGAUCUAUUGCUGCCUGGGAAGUUGUUUUCCAUAUAGAUCUAUUGCUGCCUGAAAGUUAUUUUCCAUGUAGAUGUAUUGCCUGGAAAACUGUUUUCCACAUACUUAUGAAGUUUGUUACAAAGAAACUUAAAUUACAGGCUAUAGUGGGAGGAGGGGGGGGGGAGUAGCUAAAUUCCAACAGGCAGCAGUUAAGGGUUGGUUUAAACUGGUAGAUUUAAGUCUCCAGCAAAACAGACUAAAAGUACCAGUUACCAUAUCAGAUAAUUUGUAAUUUUAGCAUGAGGAAAGAAUGUACAUGAAUAAAUAAAUUAUGCCCAAAGAUGUUAGCAGUGCAAGAUUAUUUAUCUACUGAUUAUUCCACUGGUAAAUAUUGUCACUUGAUAUACUUAUAAUUUAUUAAACUUAAAAUAUUGUGCUCUUCAUUUCUAGUGAUUUUGAAAGUUUUAGAAGUUACAGUGACUAAUAAUAGACUAUUGGCAUUUUUUUUUUAUUGAACCAGCUAAGCUUUGUGCCUUCAUUAUCAGUACUGUUUGUCAAGGAGUUAUCCAGUAUAUAUGUAUACAUAGAUACUCAUAUUGUUGGGUGCCAUUUCAGAAAGUGAAAUAUAAUUCACAGUAACUUAGAUUAGAAAUUAAUAUAAAUUGAAUUUAGGUUCCUUGCCAAUUAGUAAUACAUGUACUUAUAAUAGUAGGAACUGUUACACAAAUGUCUGUUGUAGCCGAAACUAGUUAGUUGUAUUAUGAACCCCUUAUCUAUCCAGUGGGUGGUAGUCACAUUAUGGAUCCAAGAACUGGGUACCAACAGUGUUAGUUAAGCUAAUAGUGAACUGCAGUAUUUACAGAUUUGAUUUGGCAACAAUAGUUGUGGGUUUUUUACACAAUGAAUCCAGUUAAAUAACUAUUACAAUUAAAAGACUAUUGAAUGAAUGAAUGAUUAAUGUAUCUUUUCUUAGUCACCCUACCUUAGUGGAAAACUACCAGUGUAGUUAAAGAAAAUUACACUGAUACACGUGCAAUAUCAGUCAUACACUAGUUGAAGAGACUGACAAAAGUGAUCUGUUAAAAAAGUUGCAAUGGCCAUGUUAGGCAAUUGUUUAAAGAUUUUUCUUGUUUUAAUAACAUUAUGAAUGAAAUGUGCACAUUUCUUAAUUUUUUUUCAUUCAAUAAUUCAUGUUUUGUUGCAUCUACAUCAGCUAGUGAUGCAAACUCUGAAGUACUUGUACUAGUGUUGUUGCAGACAAUCAUUGCUCUUCCUGUCUGUUAAAAUAAAAGAUGAAUUGAUUGGUGUCAGUCUUGCUCUCUCAGGUCUACGAAUCUCAGUUGAAGUUCUUUCUGCAUUAGUCUUCAGACUAGUAAAUAGAGCAAAGCAGUAAUAAUCCCUCCUUGAUGGCAUGUGUAUUUUCCCAACUUAUCAAUUCUGUCAUAUAUUUGAAAGCCAGUGUGUUAAUCUACAGAAAAUUUACUUUUUACAGUUAUUUUUACCAUACCUUUGCCUGAUUUCUGAUGCAAUUAGGAUUUCAAGAUUAGACACAUGGACACAUUUGAGUGCAAGGAUUAUAUGAAUAAUUCAGUUUAAAGGGUUGAAGCCAAAUUAUUAGUGGAGUCCAUUAUUAUUAUUAUUAUUAUUAUUAUUAUUAUUAUUACUAUUAUUACUAUUUAUUAUUAUAAUAAAAAUGUUAAACCCACUAGGGUCUUGUUUAGUCCAGUCUCUUAGUUACCAAUGUUCCACAGCAGUGGUACUAGCGAAAGGACCAGUCCAUGCUAUGUGCAGUCCUAGGUAGUAGGUUGGUAGAUAGCAACCACCCAGGGAGGUAUUACCAUCCUGCCUAGUGUGAAACAGAAACCUGUAAUAGUUUUACAUGAUGGUAGGAUUGCUGGUGUCUCUUUUAGUCUCAUAAACAUGCAAAAUUUCAGGUACAUCUUGCUACUUCUACUUAGUUAAGUCACACUACAUAUGCAUGUACAAGCCUAUAUAUACACACCCCUCUGGGUUUUCUUCUAUUUUCUUACUAGUUCUUGUUUAUUUCCUCUUAUCUCCUUGGGAAAGUGGAACAGAAUUCUUCCUCCUGAAGCCAUGCGUGUUGUAAGAGGCGACUAAAAUGCCAGGAGCAAGGGGCUUGUAACCCCUUCUCCUGUAUACAUUACUAAAGUUAAAAAGAGAAACUUUUGUUUUUCUUUUUGGGUCACCCUGCCUCAGUGGGAUAUGGCAGGUUUGAUAAAAAAAAAAACUGAGCAGUACUUUCUUGCACUAUAUUUUCCUUUUAAUACUUAUACUGCAUUUUGUACUUUUUUGUUUAACAUCCUGGCUGUCUCCCACCGAGGCAGAGAGACCUGAAAAAGAAAUACUUUUUCUUUAAGUAAUUUAUACAAAAGGGGUUACUAGCCCCUUGCUUCCAGCACUUUCGUUGCCUCUUAUGACACGAAUAGCUUAUAGAAAAAUUCUUCACUACCCCCAUGGAGAUAUUUCGUAUAUACCAGCCCUAAAUUACCUAUGUCUCAAUUUGGUUGUAUUACAAUUUGAUGCUUUCCAAAUUUCACUUCCCACUGGAUUUCUCAAGGCUAUUCAUGAUAUUCGAUGCCACUGAUGGGAUAAGUGUGCAGGAGAUGCUUUUGUACUUGAUCAUGCUCUGUUAAAAUAGCUGCACCACAUUUUGAAGGUAAGUAAAUUUAAAAAGAUAUUAAGAUAAAAUUUAUGUACAUUUUUUUUUUUUUUCAACAAGUCGGCCGUCUCCCACCGAGGCAGGGUGACCCAAAAAAAGAAAGAAAAUCCCCAAAAAGAAAAUACUUUCAUCAUCAUUCAACACUUUCACCACACUCACACAUUAUCACUGUUUUUGCAGAGGUGCCCAGAAUACAACAGUUUAAAAGCAUAUACGUAUAAAGAUACACAACAUAUCCCUCCAAACUGCCAAUAUCCCAAACCCCUCCUUUAAAGUGCAGGCAUUGUACUUCCCAUUUCCAGGACUCAAGUCUGACUAUAUGAAAAUAACCGGUUUCCCUGAAUUCCUUCACUAAAUAUUACCCUGCUCACACUCCAACAGAUCGUCAGGUCCCAAGUAUCAUUCGUCUCCAUUCACUCCUAUCUAACACGCUCAUGCACGCUUGCUGGAAGUCCAAGCCCCUUGCCCACAAAACCUCCUUUACCCCCUCUUUCCAACCCUUUCGAGGAUGACCCCUACCCCUCCUUCCUUUCCCUAUAGAUUUAUAUGCUUUCCAUGUCAUUCUACUUUGAUCCAUUCUCUCUAAAUGACCAAACCACCUCAACAACCCCUCUUCUGCCCUCUGAUUAAUGCUUUUAUUAACUCCACACCUUCUCCUAAUUUCCACACUCUGAAUUUUCUGCAUAAUAUUUACACCACACAUUGCCCUUAGACAGGACAUCUCCACUGCCUCCAACCGUCUCCUCGCUGCUGCAUUUACCACCCAAGCUUCACAUCCAUAUAAGAGUGUUGGUACUACUAUACUUUCAUACAUUCCCUUCUUUGCCUCCAUAGAUAACGUUUUUUGACUCCACAUAUACCUCAAUGCACCACUCACCUUUUUUCCUUCAUCAGUUCUAUGAUUAACCUCAUCCUUCAUAAACCCAUCCGCCGACACGUCAACUCCCAAGUGAUCUGAAAACAUUCACUUCUUCCAUACUCCUCCUCCCCAAUUUGAUAUCCAAUUUUUCUUUAUCUAAAUCAUUGAUACCCUCAUCACCUUACUCUUUUCUAUGUUCACUUUCAACUUUCUACCUUUACACACAUUCUCAAACUCAUUAACUAACCUUUGCAAUUUUUCUUUAGAAUCUCCCAUAAGCACAGUAUCAUCAACAAAAAGUAACUGUGUCAGUUCCCAUUUUGAAUUUGAUUCCCCAUAAUUUAAUCCCACCCCUCUCCCGAGCACCCUAGCAUUUACUUCUUUACAACCCCAUCUAUAAAUAUAUUAAACAACCAUGGUGACAUUACACAUCCCUGUCUAAGACCUACUUUUACCGGGAAGUAUUCUCCCUCUCUUCUACAUACCCUAACCUGAGCCUCACUAUCCUCAUAAAAGCUCUUUACAGCAUUUAGUAACUUACCACCUAUUCCAUAUACUUGCAACAUCUGCCACAUUGCUCCUCUAUCCACUCUAUCAUAUGCCUUUUCUAAAUCCAUAAAUGCAAUAAGAACUUCCCUACCUUUAUCUAAAUACUGUUCACAUAUAUGCUUCAAUGUAAACAUAUAAUAACUAAAAUGUCAUUGUAUCUGCUAGGGUGUUAGUCCCAAUGUACAACAUUUGCAUGUACUGGACCUCGUAAUGUAAGUAUAGCAUGUCCCUUAUGCAGCACUGAAUGACUCACGAGUUUGGCACACCUUUGUGAACAUGGUAUAUGCUGUAAAAGAUUUUACUGUAUAGUACUGUAUCUCUGAUCUUUACAUCCAAAAUGCCAAGCACGUCCAGACAAGACACACACGCACUUCAGACGGCUGAAGAUUUAAGAUGUAUUUCUUGUGGUUUUUAUAUGUAUUUUUUUAAAUUGUGUAAAUAUUUGAUUCAUUAUGGUAUAUUAAAAAAUGGCAUUCACAUCCAUUUCUUUGCAGGUUGUAAUAAGGAAAUACUAUUACAAAGAAGAUAGGCAAUUAUUUAAUAUAGCCUCUAACAAAAUUGUCAAAUUUUUAUUUUAUCAUCUGUUACUAUUUGAUUUUACUUUUGCAUCAAAUCAAAACCAGCAUCUUGUUAACAUUAUAUGGCCCAUAUAAAUAUAGCACUUUUUUAAUAUCUUUUUAACUAUUGUUAAUUAUUUUUUUAUUAAUAGUUUUCAAAUGGUUUUUCGUGUAAUUGAUGUAGAUGUAGCUUUUCAUGCAACUACAAAUAAGUGUACCAUAGGUAAUUUUUUUUUUAUGUUGCCUUAAUUUUUAAUAGAAUAAUGAUAAUUUGGUAAGUUUUUAACUGCUGUGUAUAGAAGAUGUAAUUUGUUAACAAGGAGCAAAUGUGAGAUAGUUACAGAAAUAAAUUUGAUAAUUAAA